GUCAUUAUUUUGACAUAAUCAAAAUCACAUCACUGGAAUCCAACCCGUUUCCGAAAAUCUUCUUCAGGCAUUUGAUCUCAGAAAUUGAGAACCUAAAAAGGAAAGUAAUCGAAGAAGAAGAAAGAUGCCGGUAAUGGAGAAAUUGAAAAUGUUCGUAGUCCAAGAGCCAGUUGUAGCUGUUUCUUGUCUCAUCGCCGGUUUCGGGCUUUGCCUUCCUGCAUUUGUAAGGCCAAUGCUUGAUUCUUUUGAAUCACCAAAGCAAGUCCCUCAACCUGCUCUAAGUGAUGUGGUUGCUGGUGUGACUGGUAAAAAACAAGGAUAACCUGCCGGUCAGAUUUGCAUUGCGACUGUUAGUUCCACCUCUCUUCUUUCAUUCUGAUAAAAAAAUGGAAUUAAGAUCUUCAUUUGUGGAUAACGAUUGAAGAUUUUGUAUUCGAGCUCUAUGGAUUAAGGACUUGCCUUCACUAAUUACCCAGUAAGAGGCUUUUCACUAUUUGAGUUGCUUUGUGUAUGCUCUCUUCCUCUGGGAAUUCGGUUCGUGCAAGUACUCUACUUUUUUGGCUUGACAAUCUUGGACGUACAUUGCUUCAACUUCAACUUGAAAUAUAAUUUGCAAAUACCAUUGAUUGUA